AUGAAGCUCAGGCCGCUCUCUUUCACGCGGUGCCCGCCGUUGCCGCCGCUGGGGUGCGUGGGUUUGGGCGGAGGGAAGAGGAGGACGGUGCUGGUGGCCCUGCGCCGGGACGCCGCCGGUAGGGAGCUGCUCACCUGGGCGCUCGUCAAGGCCGCCGCCGCCGGCGACCGCGUCGUCGCGCUUCACGUCACCACCACCUCCACCGCUGCCGCCGCCGUAGCGGCGGGAGGAAUGGCGGCGGAGGAGAAGGUGAGGACCCACGACUCGCUCACCUCCGUGCUCGGCGCGUACAGGGGCUUCUGCGACCGCAACCAGAUCGACCUGGAGCUCAAGCUCUGCGAGGGGCCGUCCAUCAAGAGGGCCCUGGUUGCCGAGGCCGCCUCCUCCGGCGCCGCGCACCUCAUCGUCGGCGUCACCAAGACCUCCAGGCCUUCCGGAUCGUCCGCCACCGCCGUCGCGAGGUACUGCGCUAGGAGGGUGCCCCCGACCUGCAUGGUCACGGCGGUCAGCAACGGCGCCGUCGUCUACCGCAGGGACGCCGUCCAGCAGCAGCAGCUCAGCCCCUACACCGCAAUGGUGGAGACGCCGCGGCGGUUGUACCGGAAGAUCCUCGACGCGAGAACGACGACGGGGGACAAGUCUCAGGACGACAUGCUGAUCGGCGACGGCCGGUCGCUGCGCCGGAACAUGUCCGUGGCCAUGAGCGCCCUGGUCUCGCCGAGGGUGACGUUCGCGCCGGGUCUGGCGAGGUGCCACGGGGUGGAGUCGCCGAAGAUGGCUGGCGGCUGGCCUUUCCUGAAGAAGGACAGCAUGCCUGCCUUGCCGGAAUCGUCAGAGAUAUCGGUGGUUCAGUGGGCGAUGCAGCUCCCGACCAGGUGUUCAGACAAGGUUUCUGACGAACGGGGAGAGGAGAAGCAACUUCCAGAGGAGUUGGUUUCACUCAGAGAGAAGUACUCAUCCAAAUCCAAGUACACAAUGUUCAGUUACCGUGAGCUAGCCAAGAUCACCAAUGGCUUCUCUCCAGAACGGCUAGUCGGGAAAGGCGGUGCGGGCCGGGUUUACAAGGGAUGUACUGACGACGGCAAGGAGCUUGCAGUGAAGGUCCUGAAACCUUCGGACGACGUGACGAAGGACUUCAUCUCCGAGAUCGACAUCCUCAGCUCCUUUGAGCACAAGAAUGCCAUGUCCCUCGUCGGGUUCUGCGUCGACGGCGGCAGGCUUAUGCUCGUGUACGAUUACAUGCCGCGAGGCAGCCUCGAGGAGAUGCUGCACGGCGAGAAGCGAGGCAAGGGCGCGCUGGGCUGGCCGGAGAGGUUCAAGGUCGCCGUCGGCGCGGCGCGCGCCUUGGAGUCCCUCCACAGUGGCGGCGACCAUCGACCGGUCAUCCACAGGGACAUCAAGUCCUCGAACAUCCUCGUCGCCGAUGACUUCGAACCGAAGCUGUGUGACUUCGGCCUCGCGAUGUGGGCAGACGAUGCGACGGCGCAGGUCACCGGCGACGACGUCGCCGGAACAUUCGGAUACCUGGCUCCGGAGUACUUCAUGCACGGCAAGGUGAGCGACAAGAUCGACGUGUACGCGUUCGGCGUGGUACUCCUCGAGCUCAUCUCCGGGAGGAAGCCGGUGAGCGCCGGCGGGCCCAAGGGCCAGGAGAGCCUCGUGAUGUGGGCGAACUCCGUCAUACAAGGAGGCAAGCUCAUGGACCUCGUCGACCCGAGCCUGCCGCUGGCCGACGGCGACGGCGGCGAGGUCGAGAGGAUGGCCCUCGCCGCGGCCCUCUGCAUCCGGCGAGCGCAUCAACACCGGCCGAGCAUGAGCAAUGUGGUGAAGCUGCUCGCCGGCGACGGCGACGCCGUCAUGUGGGCGAAGUCGCAGGUCGGCGUGUCUGGCGGCAGUGAUCACGGUGGCUGCGGCGGCGUGGUCACUUCGCCGGACAAGAAUGACAUCCAGUCAUACAUCAACCUGGCGCUGCGUGACAUCAUCGACGACGACGCCUCGUCCGUGGGCAGCGCCGACUUCAUCGACGCCAACAUGUCCUUGGAGGAGUACCUCAAGGGGAGAUGGAGCCGGUCAUCAAGCUUCGACGGCUGAAGGCUCCACCAGUGCGGCGAUCACCAUUUUUGUGUGCAUAGAUCAUUCUUUUCGUUCUUCUUUUUGCCAACAGAUUCGUCACUGUAUAU